AUGUCCUCCUCGGACGAUGAGAUACCCCUCAGCAGGAAAAUGAACGGUUCAAAUGGAGUCCGUGCUCCGGUGUCUGCAAAGACCAUCCCGAAAAGUGUUGAUGCUGCGCUGGACAAGGCAAACCCUUCAAAGGACCAUGUUCAGCCUGGCAUCUCAAUCCGAAACGGGCCAAUGGAAGACCAUGACCACCACAUGCCUGACGUGAAUGGAGUGGAGAUCAAUGGCUCCACCAGCAAGAGGAAAUCUAGAGGAAGCUUAGCGAAACCUUCCUACGCCGAAGCAGAGAGCAGCGACGAAGAUAAUCAGCCCUUGAGCAAGCGCCAAAGGACUUCUGCGCAGAAAGCUGGAGAUAUUGCCGAGUCCGAUUCUGACGAUGUGCCAUUGGUGUCAAAGUCACACAUUAGGCGGCCACCACGCGCGAGUCCUGCCCAGAUAGGUGGACUAUCUGAUUCUGACGCCCCUAUCGAACAAAAGCUAGUGGCGGAGAAGGAAAAAAUCCAGAAAAAAGCCGCAAAGGAGGCAGUUGCCAUUCGAAAGGAAGAGAAGAAAGCCGCAUCCACGCCGGCGAAGCGAAAAGCGAAAGUGAAGGAUGAAGAUGGUAAGGGCCCUGACGCUGCAAAGGCCCAGAAAAAGUCUGCACCUAAGAUUGCUGGUUCCAAGAAGGUCAAUGGUGUCAAGAAAGAAGACCUCAGUGACGACGAUGUCCCCUUGUCUAAGAAGUCCACAUCCAGCAAAACAUCGAAGAAGGUCAAAGCUGAAGCCUCUACUCCUGUAAAGAAGGGCUCCAAAGGCAAAGAGGCGAAGAAAGAAGAGAGUGCUGAUGCUGAAGAGGAUGAAGAGGAAGAGUAUCGUUGGUGGGAGGAUCCUGCUAAGGGGGAUGGAACAAAGAAGUGGGACACUCUUCAACACCAGGGUGUCAUUUUCCCGCCCCCGUAUGAGCCCCUACCGAAGAAUGUUAAGAUGCUCUAUGAUGGGAAGCCCAUCUCCAUGCACCCGGAUGCUGAGGAGGUUGCAACCUUCUUUGGGAGUAUGCUGAAUUCGACUCACAACGUGGAAAAUCCCACCUUCCAAAGAAAUUUCUUCAAGGAUUUCCAAGACAUCCUAAAGAAGACUGGCGGUGCCAAAGAUAACUCCGGCGAGAAGGUAGCCAUCAAAGACUUUGCGAAAUGCGACUUUAGACCUAUCUACGACUACUAUGCCGCACAACGAGAAGCAAAGAAAGCCCUCCCGGCCGCCGAGAAGAAGAAGCUGAAGGCGGAGAAGGAUGCCGUCGAAGCACCAUACAUGUAUUGCACGUGGGACGGACGGAAACAAAAGGUUGGCAACUUCCGAGUUGAGCCUCCAGGACUCUUCCGCGGGCGUGGAGAGCAUCCCAAAACCGGCACGGUGAAGACUCGGGUCAUGCCGGAGCAGAUCACCAUCAACAUCGGCAAGGAAGCCAAAGUUCCACCACCUCCUGAAGGUCACAAAUGGAAAGAGGUUCGGCACGACCAGGAGGGCACAUGGCUGGCCAUGUGGCAAGAGAAUGUCAAUGGCAACUACAAAUACGUCAUGCUUGCCGCCAACUCAGACGUCAAAGGCCAGAGCGACUACAAGAAAUUUGAGAAAGCUCGUGAACUCAAGAAGCACAUUGAUAGGAUUCGGGCUGACUAUCAAAAGGGACUGAGGGCAGCGCUUACUUCAGAUAGACAGAAGGCUACUGCAGUAUACCUGAUCGACCAAUUUGCUCUCCGUGCUGGCAACGAGAAGGGCGAGGACGAAGCCGAUACUGUGGGGUGCUGCUCGUUGAAAUUCGAGCACGUCACCUUGCGGGAACCAAAUACUGUCAUAUUCGACUUCCUUGGGAAGGAUAGCAUCCGUUUCUACGAUGAAGUUAAGGUUGAUCCGCAGGUUUUCAAGAAUUUGAAGCUCUUCAAGAAGCCUCCAAAGGAAGAAGGAGACGAGAUCUUUGACCGUCUUACAACCAGCGCUCUCAACAAGCACUUAUCGAAUUAUAUGACUGGUUUGACAGCCAAGGUUUUCCGUACUUACAACGCAUCGUACACGAUGGCCACCUUGCUCAAAGACAUGAAAUCCACGGGCACCGCCAAUGAGAAGGUCAAGGACUACAACGACGCCAAUCGCGAAGUUGCCAUUCUUUGCAACCACAAACGCACUGUUGCCGCUGGGCAUGCUGGACAGAUGGAGAAGCUGAGUGAGCGGAUCAAAGGCGUGCGCUAUCAGCAAUGGCGCAUCAAACAGAUGAUGCUUGACAUCGACCCCAAGUUAAAGAAGAAGAAAGGUGCGGAGUACUUCGAAUUGCCUCAAGACCUAGAUGAAGAGUGGAUUCACGAGCAUCAAGCAUAUCUUGUUGACGAGCAGAAGUCCAAGAUCACCAAGAAGUUCGAAAAGGACAACGAGAAGUUGAGAGCGGAAGGCGAGAGGGAGAUGAAGGCCAAGGAGCUUGAGGAGAAGCUCGAGCCCGCAAGAGAGCUCGAGAAGAAAUUCAAGAAGGAAAACAAGACCAAAAAGGUCGAAGCGGAGGGCAAAGGUCCCACAAUUGAGAAAAUGGAGGCCAAACUAACGCAACUCGAUCAGAGACUUGCCAACAUGAGUCUCCAGGCAGAAGACAAGGAGAACAACAAAGAGGUAGCAUUGGGAACCUCGAAAAUCAACUACAUCGACCCUAGAUUGACUGUCGUGUUCUCGAAAAAGUUCAAUGUCCCCAUCGAAAAGUUCUUUUCCAAGACCCUACGAGAGAAAUUCGACUGGGCAAUCAAAUCCGUUGACGAGAAAUGGGAAUUUUAA